GCGAUUUUGGGAUGCGCACUGCGCCAAACCCGGAAGUACCGGAACGGGUUACUUCUGGGUUUCGGCGCUUGCUCAUGCACAGAAGCGCUAAAUCAUGCUUUGAGCGUGCGCAGAAGUGCUGAAUUGUGACCCGCGUGUGCGCAGAUGCGCGGGUCAUGGGUUGCGAACGCUGCGGGUUGCGAAUGUGCCUCCCGCACAGAUCACGUUCGCAACCCGAGCGUCCACUGUAUAAGAUUUUAGAGGAGGGAAAGAUAGCCAAAAGCUGUGUUUACAAAUAGUUCACUAAUAAAGGAACUUCAGAAGGCAAAUAUACCUACACCCUAUUAUGCUGGCUAGCUUCAUCCCCUGCUCUGCUAGUAGCUCAGCCUGGGCUUGGAUCCCAUCCCCAUCGCCAGAUCUCUCUAAGCAUCCUACAAUUGGUAGCAGAACCAGCUGGUUCCCAGGAUGCAGAGCUCCAUGGCAACCCAACAUGGUAGCCGAAGCAUCUCCAUGGCGACCAGCCAGAGGUAAGUGAAUUGGCCCACCUAGGCCUCUGUAUCAGCAAACACAGGGAGGCCUAGGCAAUCUACAUUUGGAAUAAGGAAACUCAAAAAGUUCCUGGGAGGCUGAGGUGAGAGGGAGGAGAUCCCAGGAAAUCCACCUGCAUGUUUAAAGAGACAAAAACAAAACAAAACCCCUGCCCAGCCUUACAUCUGAUCAUCCUAUUGAAACUUUGCCCUCAUCCCAUGUUUAAUCUCCUGGAUGGAAGCUUUUUUGGGGGUGGGGUAGGGUUCCGGUAAGUUCCGGCUGAAAAAAAAGAGCCCUGGUUAUACAUGAAUUUACAAAUCAAUCAAAUAAAAGUAAUCAGCGCCUUGAAUUGAGUGCAGGAACGGAGUACGCAUGCACAGUUUUGAGCAUUGGCAAAAAGUGUACAUUCAACAGUAAUAAUGAAACCGGUGGCCUAAUUGCUGACAUCACUAAGCAAACGAAAACCUUCCUCCAAUCUUUUAUUGCAGGACAAUCAACAGUCAGCACCCAAAUAAUCAGAUGAUUCAUUGUUAGCUUUGGUUCGCCGCCUUCAGUGAUCUUACGGAUCAGGGAUCUCACAGCCUCCAUUGUUGUCAUCAAGUCAAAGUCUGGAGAACAUCUGGCAACCAGUCCCGGAACGCUUGGGGUGAGCCCAAGAAUGUGAGAUUUCAGAAAGCAAAAGAGCAUUUGCGGUUUUCAUAGGAAAGCCUGAAAAUAUGUGAACCGUAUCUUAUUUGAGGCUAUAAGCAGAGGUGAGGAUGCAUACACAACACAAAGACUCGCUCUUCCCCACAUUUUCAGUGGCCUGUGGCAAGGCAUUCCGAAUUAUGAACAAACUAUUAGGUAGUGGGUGGACAUAGCAGACGACACAGAGAUUUCUCCAAGUACAGUGGUACCUCAGGUUACAUAUGCUUCAGGUUACAGAUUCCGCUAAGCCAGAAAUUGUGCUUCAGGUUAAGAACUUUGCUUCAGGAUGAGAACAGAAAUCGUGCUCUGGCGGCGCGGCAGCAGCAGGAGGCCCCAUUAGCUAAAGUGGUGCUUCAGGUUAAGAACAGUUUCAGGUUAAGUACAGACCUCCGGAACGAAUUAAGUACUUAACCCGAGGUACCACUGUAGUUCUUUAUAAGUAAGCUGAGUAAACUGAACUGAACAGCAAACAGCUCAGCCGGCCUACUUUUAUAGGCUGUCAACAUUGUAACGACAACAGCCCAGGGUUUCCCGCCUAAAUUAACUGACGUGGACCUGAGUGAAAACUACAUACACAAUCCCCCCCGGUGGCCAGGGUGAGAACUCCAAUACAUAACACAAACAAAUGUUACAUAUUUGCUUAUUAUGCCUAAUAGAUUCUCUUUCAGCUAGUCGUAAGGAGGAGUAAGGAGCUAUAGAGCACAAAAAGCUGAAUAGGAAAGAUCUCUACACAUCCGAUCAAUACUUUCUGUACUAAGAAAUGCAGACUGACAGGAUUCCACUCCAGUUGGUUUCUACAUGUGGAACCAGCGAGAGACGGACCACUUUAACCUUAUUAAAUAUGGAUUUGUUUAUUUUUAGUGUUGCAGCACCCAUACCUGGGAACUCCCUAAUUUUUUUUAAACUUUUUGACAUUUAAUUAAAUACAGUUGUACAAGAGCAACUCUUUAUUCGUUCUCCUCACUGUGAAGUCUGGCAGUUGGCUGGGUAAUUUUGAUAGCAAGCUGAGCUGCUCUUUUAACAAUGACUUUCCAAUUCUUGGACGAAACAUUGUGAGAAAUCUCUGCGCCGUGGACAAAGAAUUUUCUGAAUCCUGAAGGCAGCAUGUGCUUUGUCUUCUUACUACCGCCAUGCCCAAUGUCGGGCCUCAAGAUUUGGCCCUGGAACCUUCUGCAGACUCUGUUGUCAAUACCUGCGAGCUUGUGCCAGUUACGCUGAAUCAUAGUGAUCAGACUGAUGGCAGAUGAACUUCUUGAUCCUCUUGUUGAUUACCGGUAUUUUAGACUUGGUGAGAGGUCUGAGGGCCAGCCUAAUGUCUGCUAGAGAAUGGCAGCACCCACGCAGAUAGAGAGCACAGAGAGGAAGUGGAACUCCCUGCCUAUUGAUUUCAGGCAUUAUGUUUUAUGUAUACAGUGGUACCUCGGGUUAAGUACUUAAUUCGUUCCGGAGGUCCGUACUUAACCUGAAACUGUUCUUAACCUGAAGCACCACUUUAGCUAAUGGGGCCUCCUGCUGCUGCCACGCUGCCAGAGCACAAUUUCCGUUCUCAUCCUGAAGCAAAGUUCUUAACCUGAAGCAAUAUUUCUGGGUUAACGGAGUCUUUAAACUGAAGCGUAUGUAACCCGAGGUACCACUGUACUGUUAAGCCACUCAGAGUGGCUGGGGAAACCCAGCCAGAUGGGCGGGUUAUAAAUAAUAAAAAUAUUAUUAUUAUUAUUAUUCUUUCCACACCUGCUAAAAGCAAUUUAGUCUAGGCAAACCUAUCUGAGCAUGUGGAAGCUGCCAUGUGUUUGUAUGUGUUUAUCAUUAAUUGUUUUUGAGUCUUGUUGUUUUUAACUGUUCUUUUAACUGAUAUUCUUAUUGGUUUGUUCUUUUUGGGAACUGCAUUUAGAUUUUUGUGAUAAUCAAGCAGUAUAUAAAUGUGGCAUAAGUAAACUCUUUCACCUCAAGCUGCAUAACAACAGCAACAACAGUUUUAUUAUUUGCACCCCGCUCAUCUGACUGGGUUGCCCCAGCCACUAUGGGUGUCUUCCAGCAUAUAUAAAAACAUAACAAAACAUUAAACAUUAAAAUCUUCCCUAUACAGGGCUGCCUUCAGAAGUCUUCUAAAAGUCGUAUGGUAACUUGGCCCGUCCCUGUUUUCUUCACACUCUUCAGACAUUCAGGAGCAAGGAAAAUGUAUCUCAUUAGCGAGAAUUACAAACCUCUGCCCCAAAGCUGCUGUGGCCUCUUUGGGAGUUUUUCACUUGUGAGGCUUAAAGUCAUUCUUGCUUCAGUUUGUCUGUAAGUCGAAGAUAAAAAACUGCAUUGGCUGGGAUGCCCACUUGCAAUACAAACGCAUUUCCUUCGCUUUGUAAUCCUCAUUGCAAUCAUCAGACAUUAAUAUAAAUGAAAAUGUAAACCUUAAGUAGAAAAGUGGCCGUGCAAUGCAACCUAAGCAUGUUUAAUUAGACAUGAGACCCGUUGGGUAAAUUUGCUUUGGAUUAAGAGACUGAGACAUAAUAGUGCGGACUUUGGGAGCAAUCUGCUUAGUCAACUGCAUGAUGUUGACAGCGAAGCCGACAAAUUUGCCAUGCAAAUAUUCACAAUCUAGUUUGUCUCAUAAGGUGUUGUAGAGCUCAUCUUGGCAUGCAUUUGGCCAGGGCAACCCCAUUCUGAGCCAUAAUACACCGUGCAUGAAUCAGCAAGGAUCACCGGGGUUUUUCCCUUCACUAGUUAAACUGGAGACAACCUUACGCCCGGCGUUGCACACCAGCACACACAAAAAAGUGCUUUGGACAUGACGAUGACAUGAUCUCAUCAGUCUCUUAGCAAAAUCCUUCUACGACCCCCAGACAUUUCUAAUGACGGCUUACAGGGGCGGAACUUUAACAUUUGCUUCUAAAUUGAAAAUUUGACACUCGCCACUUUUGAGACACAUCAAGCCAGUGUGGUGUAGUGGUUAAGAGCGGUGGAUUUGUAAUCUGGUGAACUGGGUUGGCUUCCCCGCUCCUCCACAUGCAGCUGCUGGGAUACUUACCUGGCAGGGGAGAUACCAUGAUCACAUGCAACUGCUGGGUGACCUUGGGCCAGUCACACUUCUCUGAAGUCUCUCAGCCUCACUCACCUCACAGAGUGUUUGUUGUGGGGGAGGAAGAGAAAGGAGAAUGUUAGCCGCUUUGAGACUCCUUUGGGUAGUGAUAAAGCAGGAUAUCAAAUCCAAACUCCUCCUCCUCCUCUUCUUCUUCCCCUCCCUCCCCCCAAUAUUUCACUUCUUCACUAAUCUUAUCAAUUUAGUUUCUCUGGAAAUUUCAGAUCUACUUCUGUUUUGGGCCAGGGGCAGCUCUUAACUGUAAGCUCCUUGGGGAGAGAACCUACAGUUCUUCUUCUUCUUCUUCUGUUUUGAUUGAGUUUUACAAUUUUUACAUUAUACAUAUCAAAUAACAAAAAAGAAAUACAAUUCUCCAAUUCCAACCCCCCAACUUCCCUCAACUUCCCUUUCUGGGUUUUUUUUUGUUUUGUUUUUUUUACAUAUUAACUUCCCCUGCUUCCUAUAGUAUAUCUUCAUUUUCAAUUCUUUAUAUCAAUAUUAUUAUUCUCUUCUCGUUUUUACAUCCUCUAUGUAAUUUCUCUUAAAGAAAUGGGAGUGCCUGAUCACCUCAUCUGUCUCCUGAGAAAUCUCUAUGUGGGACAAGAAGCUACAGUUAGAACUGGAUAUGGAACAACUGAUUGGUUCAAAAUUGGGAAAGGAGUACGGCAAGGCUGUAUAUUGUCUCCCUGCCUAUUCAACUUAUAUGCAGAAUUCAUCAUGCGAAAGGCUGGGCUGGAUGAAUCCCAAGCCGGAAUUAAGAUCGCCGGAAGAAAUAUCAACAACCUCAGAUAUGCAGAUGACACAACCUUGAUGGCAGAAAGUGAGGAAGAAUUAAAGAACCUUUUAUUGAGGGUGAAAGAGGAGAGCGCAAAAUAUGGUCUGAAGCUCAACAUCCAAAAAACGAAGAUCAUGGCCACUGGUCCCUUCACCUCCUGGCAAAUAGAAGGGGAAGAAAUGGAGGCAGUGAGAGAUUUUACUUUCUUGGGCUCCCUGAUUACUGCAGAUGAUGACAGCAGUCACGAAAUUAAAAGACGCCUGCUCCUUGGGAGAAAGGCGAUGGCAAACCUAGACAGCAUCUUAAAAAGCAGAGACAUCACCUUGCCAACAAAGGUCCGUAUAGUUAAAGCCAUGGUUUUCCCAGUAGUGAUGUAUGGAAGUGAGAGCUGGACCAUAAAGAAGGCUGAUCACCGAAGAAUUGAUGCUUUUGAAUUAUGGUGCUGGAGGAGACUCUUGAGAGUCCCAUGAACUGCAAGAAGAUCAAACCUCUCCAUUCUGAAGGAAAUCAGCCCUGAGUGCUCACUGGAAGGACAGAUCGUGAAGCUGAGGCUCCAAUACUUUGGCCACCUCAUGAGAAGAGAAGACUCCCUGGAGAAGACCCUGAUGUUGGGAAAGAUGGAGGGCACAAGGAGAAGGGGACGACAGAGGAUGAGAUGGUUGGACAGUGUUCUCGAAGCUACAAACAUGAGUCUGACCAAACUGCGGGAGGUAGUGGAAGAUAGGAGUGCCUGGCGUGCUCUGGUCCAUGGGGUCACGAAGAGUCGGACACGACUAAACGACUAAAUAACAACAACAUUAAUUUCUAUAUUUAUUUUAUUAAUUGUAAGUGUUUAUUCAAACCCUGCCAGUGAGUUCAUUUCUUUACAUUGCCUCUGUAGAUACAUCAUAUAUGGUUCCCAGUCUUUUUAAAACUCUAUGUUGUCUUUGUCUCGGAGUCUUUCAGUUAGCUUCGCCAUUUCAGCAUAUUCCACCAGCUUUUCUUGCCAUAGGUCUUUGGUAUUUCAUCACUUUUCCGUCUUUGGGCUAGCAUUCUCCUAGCUGCAGUUGUAGCAUACAUAAGAAGUUUCUUCUUCUCUUUUGGCAUAUGCCUAAUAAAAUAUAAUAUAAUAUACCUAAUUAUAAUAUAAUAUAAUAUAAUAUAAUAUAAUAUAAUAUAAUAAUAUAAUUAUAUUAUAUUAUAUUAUAUUAUAUAUAAUAUAAUAUAAUAUAAUAUAAUAUAAUAUAAUAUAAUAUACCUAAUAAUAUACCUGAAAUGCCUAAUAAAAAAACUUCUGGUCUUCUUCUUCUUCUUCUUCUUCUUCUUCUUCUUCUUCUUCUUCUUCACCAUUAAACACCAAAAAACAUUGAAGGCACUAUAUGCCCAUAUAAUAAGAAUGCAAAUCAAAGAGCUUCUCUACUAGUAAGUUUCCAGGGACUCCUGUUUGAGCAUCUUAGUCUAACUCCUUAUCACUAGCUGUGUCCUGUUGACAAACCUCUUCCCAGCGGCUGUUAUUGCCCUGGCUCACCUGGUUUUUCUCUGACUCAGCAUCCUAUGCCCUGUACAGGUCUGAGUGACUCCCCGAUAUGCUGACACACAUUUCCUGCCACCCCCUCCCCCCAGUAGACUUUGUUAGGAUGCCUGGAAAGUUGCUUCCACUGUGGGUGGAGAUGGAGCUAUUUGAGAAACUCCCACAGCUCUGGUUUAUCUGGUCCUUGAGGGUUUAUAAGCCAGGCAGAGCCCUCAAAGCACCAAAGCCGUGUGCUUCCCAGAGGAGUGACUGCUGCUUUCCUGAGGGAGCCAAAGACAACAUCUCUCAGCAUUUAGGUAUAGGCAUUAUCAUGGGUAUCAGAGUGAGCUUGGGGGUACUGUAGUGUGUUUGACAGUAAAGGUAUUUAAAUUUCUAUAAUAUAAAUGAUUCAGUGGAACAGCUCUGAACAGUUCUAUUUGCAGUUUUUAUGGCUUUUAGAUCUUUUUAAAUAAUAAUAAUAAUAGCAAAGAUAAAGACUCCUAAGAAUAUAUUAUGUUCUUAAUAUAAGGAGGAGUGUAACAAGAAAUAAAUACAUGGCUACGUUUUAUCUUAGCGAUUAAUGUUUCUAACAGUGAUGAAGAAAGUUCAUUUUUUCCCUGCAAACAUAUUGGCUUGCAGUGACUUCUAGAGAAAUAUGUUAGCAUGUACAGUUUAACUGCAGGAAGGUAAUUUCUGAGUGUAAGAUGGCUGCUUGGAUAACUGGCUACUUGCAAAAAUGUGGGAUUAAAGGGCUUCCUUUUUCUUUUUUGAAAUAAAUUUUGAUUUGAUUUUCAAGGAUAUAUGCACAUAACAAAAUCAAUUCCGAAUCCAAAUAUCGAGAUUACUCUGAAUCUCCUGAUUUCCUCCCAUCCCUUCCAUGAUACUGUUUCCCACUGCAUAGCAAUACUUCUCCAAUUUUUAGUCUUUCUAAAUUAUCCAUAUAUUCUGUUACAUUACAAGUGUGUUUAAAAUCCUGCCCAUGUUUUAACCUGCUUACAAUGAUCUUGUAUAUAAAUUAUAAACUUUCCCCACUCUUUUUUUAAAGUUAUUGUCUUCUUGGUUCCUGAGCUUCCCAGUUAGUUUCACCAUUUUGGCAUAGUCUAUCAACUUGAUUUAAUCCCCUGGGGAAGGGGAUUCAAUGUCUCCCUGACAGGUUUGAGUCUUUGCAUAUUGGAAAUUAGACAUUGGUUUGAGUUCAGUCUGUUUGGAACGUACAUGGUACUACAAACUCUUUUUUAAACUCUUACAUUUAUGACUGCUUUGUGCUAGAUUCUAUCAGCUCAUUUUCUACUCUCAGAUGUUGCAAAAGAUCUUCACCUUCUCCCCUCCUGGAUUCUCUAGCUCUGCACCCUCCUGUGGUGGCUCAACAUGUCUUCAAGUCACCCAGGGCCUGGCCCUUCUGGAUCAAGAGGAGUCCCUCCUGUGCCGAAACCCGACAAUCCGUUGGUUCCUGUUCCAGAGAAACCUUGGCCUGUGGGACCACCCAAGCCUGAAGGUCCUCAACCACUGGGGCCUUUGGUGCCUGGGAAGCCGUGGCCAGAAGGCCCCCCUACAUCUCCUGAUCCUGGACACCCAAGGUCACCACAACCACCAACACCUUUAGGCCCUAACAAACCACAACCGUUUCCUGGACCAUCCAGUCCUCCUAAGCCACCGCUGCCUGAUGACCCUUUUCUACCAUCUCCUCUGAUGCCUGUUGCGCCUUGGCCACCACUGCCAGAGUGGGAUGAUUCAGGGAAAUCUCCUAAACAACCCUCUGAUGAGGAUUAAUUUUUACACAGCAAGGUUCUCCAGGGUUCUCCUGCGGCUGAUAUAGAACCAUACCUUCUAUUUACCACACACAUGUGCAUUCCGGUGUCAGCAAUGCGUAUUCCAAGUCCAGACUGGCUCCUGUUGUAAAUCUUUCCUGAAUAGCUCUUGGAAGUUGAGUGACAACUGGAAAAAGAAGAUAACUCACCCUGUCAUUGAAGAUACAAUUCAGCUUUGGUGAAUUGCAGAGCAAAUUCCAGCCACCGUUCAAUCGAACUAUCUUGUAAUGUUGCAUUUUUACCUGAAAUGCAGUUAUGUCUAUUUGUUUAUAUGAUACAUGUAUACAUUAUCUGUCUCUCUCUACCUACCUACCCAACUCUUCCGUCUAUCAAGAACUAUUUUCUGUUGUAUGCCACCCACUUGAUUACAAGCGAGAAGACAAUUAUGACUGCUUCUUGCACAAUAAAAAAACUCCAAAUA